CCGUGUGCCAUACGGUUGCCGUCUUGUAUCGGUAUAGCUUUAUAUACUUGGGUGUACAUAUAGUUUCGCGGGUGCCAUCAUUAUUGUCAUCAACAAGUAGUGCAGAAUUUGUUCAUAGUUGAGGAAGUUGCCAAAUGAAAGAAGAGACAAAAUUUUAUAAAGAUGGACAUAAUUUUCCAACGUGUAUUAUCGUAAUAAUUUGUGUCCAUCUUCAAAUUUAUGCUGCUGAUUACAAUUUGCCAAAUUUUGCAAAUGAUUAACAGUAUUUUUUAUUAACCUUUACCUUAUUCGGUGAUAAUCUAAUGUUUAAUACGAAUUUAACAAGGACUCGACAACAGUUUUUCAUAUUUUAUCGUCCCUAGUUAGUUUACAAAUUAAGCUUUAUCUAUUAAUUUGUAUUCAAAACUAUAUAAUAUAUGCAAGAACCAUAAUAUGCAAGAAACAGCCAAGAGCCGACUAUAUUUCAAUAAUAAAGUACGAAAAGAGGAUUACAUGCAAUACAUGCACUUAUAUUUAUAAUCGAACGUUACUUUUCAUACAAAACAGAUCUUAUUAGAUAUCAUAGAUCUAAUUUUCAUAAGCUUGUAUCAUAAUUACAAUAAUCAAUAGUGUCUCUGCAAAUCACGAAGAUUUCAAGACAACGAGAAGUGUGUAAACUUUUUAUAUCAAGUUGUAACCAGUGCCAAAGCACGUUAAUCUGUAGAUGUUAAAUUGUGAAACACCGAUCACUCCUAUCAUAGAAGAUAUCGUCAGUGAAAUGCAAAAGAAAUUAUCGUCGACGUAUUGACUGCCACUUUGAAUUAAAGGACUAUAUAUAAUUUUGUAUUAGACUUAUACGAGAUUUACAUGUUGCAUAUAUUUCAAUAUUGUGCAGAAUAAAAAGAGAACAGAGCGAGAGAGAAAAAGAAAAAAGACAAGUUUCAAAAAUUAUUCACGAUGUAAUGCUCACCAUAAAAUGUGCCAUAGAUAUUACAAUAAGAAAUAUAAUAUUAUGCAAAGCAGAAAAAAAUUACAUAACAGUUGUUAACACAAAUCUGUUGACAUACAGCACGCCUUAACAUUAAUUGACAACAUCAAAUUUAUAUUGCAACGAUUCAAUAAUGAUGAUUUGAAUAAAGCUAAUUCAACACUGGCUGCAAAUCUCAUUCAGAUUUGGCGCACAACACAAUUAAAUUUGCGCGAUUCAGUUUCCUAAAAUACUCAGGAGACGGAAUUCAUUACAGGACGUAAACGACGUUUUUGAAUCGUGCGAAAAGCGUGCAAUUUCUGUGCUCAAGAAGAGGAAAUUAUACAAGUUUAAGGGAAGAUUAUGCUUCGUAUGUAGUAUCGAAUCGAGAUCGGUCUCGAUUUUUGCACAUCCAUCAGGUCCAACGAGUCAUGGAUGCAAGUGUCGAGGAAACCGAGCUCGACGUCGGCUCGGCGAGCGACGAGCUGGAAUCGUCGGCUGCGGAAGUGAAGCGACGUCCGACACCGCGACCCUUCACGAUCGAGAGCCUGAUCGGUGGCGCGCGCGAAGAUGCUAACGUCGCGCGGGAUGACCGGACUAAUGGUAGCGAAGAGGAAGAGCACCGGGAUCGGGAGUAUCAGCUCUAUCAGAGGCAUUAUCUGGCGACCGCUACGGCAAACACGCUACCUUCAGGUUUCGGUGUGCCACUCGGCUUGUACAGCGCUUGGCUACCGAUGCGGAUGUACGGCGGCGGUGGUGCGGCCGGGGUCCCGAUGCUGCCGCCGCAGCAUCCCUCAGCUGGCUACCCGGCUCACCCCGAGCUGCAUCAGAACCGGCUGCCGCAGCUCUCGAUAUCGGCGUCCGCUCACUCGCAGGGCUACUAUCCUUUGGACGGUUGCCGUCGCACCGCGAAUCAGCGUGCGCUGAGCAGCUUCACCGACAGCGAAGAUGAGGACGGCAGUAUCGGCUCGCCGGCGUCGCCGGCUCACGAUCUCUCCAAAUCGCGACACGGAUCCGAGAAUGGUCGAGUGUCAGCCGAGAGCGACGAAGAGGGUGGUGGAGCCGCGGGUUCCGGCGAGGGUCACGAUAUUUCCGAUGGCGUCGGCGUUGGCAACGUCACAACAAGUCCCAGUAGGUCCUUAGAGAACGGCCAGAAUUCGUCGGCAUCGAACGCCAGUGGCAACAAAGCCCGGCGACGACGAACCGCGUUCACUUCGGAACAGCUGUUAGAGCUGGAGCGCGAGUUCCACGCGAAGAAGUACCUGAGCCUGACAGAGCGUUCGCACAUAGCGCACGCGUUGAAGCUAUCGGAGGUGCAGGUGAAGAUCUGGUUCCAGAAUCGACGUGCCAAGUGGAAGAGGGUGAAGGCCGGGCUGAGCGGCGGCGGCGUCGGCGUCGGUUCGACGGCGACGUCGGCUAUGACGCCUUCCGGGGCUUCCGGUCGUCACAAUGGUACCUCUGGCCAGCACACCGGCUCGGGUACCAGGAUCGUGGUGCCGAUACCGGUGCACGUGAGCCGUCUGGCCGUCAGGUCGCACCAUCAUCACCUGGAGAAGUGCGCGAGAGCACCUCGCGCGAGGCCGACACCGUCCUCGGGCGAGAGCGCGUCCCCGGGAGCGGUGUUGGGCGACGCCUUGGGACUGGUGAACUCGUCGGUGAAUCUGACCGGCCAGGUGCAGCCGCCACUGGGCGCCGGCAUGGGAGUGGAGAUCGUUGGGGGUGGUUUGAGAGCCUUCGCGGUACCAGCGCAUCGAGCUGGUCUCGGAUCCUCCGGGAGGUAGUGAACGAUGUCGUGUGGAUGAUGAACUGCGGAUGGCCUGGUACGUUAAGACGCGAAGGAAGGAGAGAGGUAAAGUGAUAAUCGGUGUAGAACGCGCGCGCGCGCGUGGCAAAAUGGAAUCGGAUGUCCUCAUUAUUAAGUCAUACACCUAUCAAUCAAGAGUUAAAUUAUGGAAAGAUGAAUAUUUAUACCUUGACACGUAACUUCCUUUUAUUUUACGUAAUUUUUGUUACAUAUAUCAUUCAUUAAAUCGAGAGAAUAUUUUAUCAUAGUUAAAUAUGCAUGGAUUGCUUGCUAACAAUAGCACAGCAUUUUUCGAAUAUUUUCUAUCUCUCAAGGAUUUUUCUAAAUAUUUUUAACGGUUCAUUCAGAGCAUAUAGAGCCAAAUUCUAUCUCUGUUCGGUUCGCUAUCUUCUAUCGCACUAAUUUAAAUGUUCUAAAUACGCGAGAGUCAUUUCGAUCAUAUAUCCUUUUCCGACUUCACAGCGCGCAUUGUAAAUAGCAAGUCCUAGAAGUUUGUAAAUAUACACAUAUAACAGAUAGAUAGAUAGUAAUUCCGCAUAAACGUAGCGUAUUUGUAGAUAGUUUACAUUAAGCAGUGGGUUUCAGCCUGGCGAACAACUAUUACGUGGCAGCGAUACCGCGUAUCGAUCAGCCGUGCGAUCAUCGCAGCUGUAUUACAACGGCGAAACGUUACAACGAGGCGGAAGCGCACAAAAUGUCGGGCUAUAGACUUGCAUACGUUGUAAUAUCGUAUCGGCAAUAAAACGUGCGACUGUAA